CGCGCGAUCGUUUGAUCCCCCACCGUCAGGAAGGCGGCCAGAGGAGCCAAUAGCGGCACCGCUUCCGGCUACGGCGACGGCCCAAUGGGCGAACACCGACCGCGGAUCGACGCCGACGAUCUGGCUGAUUUUGACAGUCGACACACGACCACGGCGGCAUCGUGCUGCUCCUCUCGACCGCGCGUGUCUUUCCGCACCAGCUCCUCGGAGGGCUCGCUGCUCGUCGUUUAACGUCGUCGUGCCUCCGGAGUGGUAGCUGUUAUUUAGCCGGCGAAGAGAGAGAGAGCGAGGAGCCAGUUUGGAUUUCGAAGGUGUCGGUUCUCUCUCUCCCUCUCUUCCGGGCUCCUUCGCGACGGAGUGUUACGUGUGCCAGAUGCAGGGACACAGAAACAGUGGCAGGAAUUUAGCCUCGGUGGUGAUGAUCGGUUUCGUUUGAGAACCAACUGAGAGAGAAAGAGAGAGGAAAGUGAAAGUUGUUCGGAUAAAAGUCGGUUGAAAGAACGAUCUCGAGGAGAGCAACGCUAACCAGGCGAGACUUAAAUGCUGGUGUGAGAGAAACCGAUGAGCUGCGCUAUGGAGUAUCAGCAAUUGGCGCCACCGCCGGUACCCAGCGUGUUGCACCAAGCGCACCACCAUCAGCAGCAACCGCAACACCAGCAACCGGUGCAACCGCCCCAUCCCCAUAUCGUGGUCGCGCCGGCGCACCAGCAACAACCCCAACAACCACCGCCCCCACAGUUACCGCCCACCUCGCACGGACACCAGGUGCACGCGCCGCUUCCGCCUAUCCACGACGAUAGCACCAGCUCGCGCUGGACACAGUACCAGCAUCUAUGGAGACAGCAUCAUGUCUACGUUAAUGGAAAACAAGGUAAAGAUGGACCGGAAGAGAAGAAGGACGCCGAUGGCGAGUUAUGGGGCAACGUGGAAGCGCAGGCCGCCUUCCUCGGCCCAAAUCUCUGGGACAAAACUCUGCCCUAUGAUGCCGACCUGAAGGUAUUGAACCAUUACGUGGAUCUGGACGAGUUUCUGUCCGAGAACGGCAUUCCUGUGGACGGUGUGGCUGGCGGUGGACAGGGUACGAUGCCGAGUGGACAACUGCACAAGAUGAACAAUACCGAAACACCAGGGCACCAAGGGCCAGCUGGUCUUCAUUUAGAACCGGUCACCAAACGCGAGAGAUCACCCUCGCCGAGCGAGUGUUGCUCGCCUGACACCAUGAACCCACCCUCACCUGCGGACUCCACGCUGUCGAUGGCCUCAUCGGGGCGAGAUUUCGAUCCGCGCACCCGGGCAUUCUCCGACGAGGAGCUGAAACCCCAACCGAUGAUCAAGAAAUCACGGAAGCAGUUCGUUCCGGAUGACCUGAAGGAUGACAAAUACUGGGCGCGUCGUAGGAAGAACAACAUGGCAGCGAAACGAUCACGAGACGCACGUCGCAUGAAGGAGAACCAGAUCGCUCUCAGGGCCGGCUUCCUCGAGAAAGAAAACAUGGGCCUUCGACAGGAACUGGACCGGUUAAAGAACGAGAACAUGCUGUUACGCGACAAGCUGAGCAAAUACACGGACGUCUAACAGUGCGCCGAGCAAGCAACAACUCGUCGUGGUAUUAAAAAAGAUGCAGACACGAGCGUUUGUUGUGCCAGCUCCUCCCACACUUCAUAGUCGCAGAGCACUUAGGUUUUCGCCAGUCCGGAAGAAAAGGAAACAGAUGAAAAAAAGAGAAAAACGAAAAAAAAGUAACGGAAGAGGAAAAGAAGGCGCCGAAUCGCGAGGAACAUCCUCCACUAAUUGAACAGCCCAGUUUUUUUUUCCUUGGAGGAUCCUGAAGAGAUAUAUCCUCCGUCCGUCGUUCUUCUUCUUUCUUCUUCGUCGCGCCACCGACGUUGAUCCAACAAUUUGACCCUCCUGCCUGCAUCCUUUUCCCGUCUCGCCCAUCUUCUCUCCGGAAAAGAAAAAGUGUACAUAGUUAUAUGUAUAGUUAGAUUAUAUAUGUAUACAUGCAUACAUACACGAGCGCGUGUAUCUCUGUCUGUAAGUGUGAGUUUGUAAGGGCGCGCGCACCUGCGCGACCGCAUGCACACGUGUAUGUACAGAAGUACGCGUAAUAAAGAGGUGUAACCGGUCGGGUAUAUCGUUCGCUGCUACGCAUUAUUUCAGAAUAUAUGUAUACACGUAUAUACACACACGUAAUACGUAUAUAUCUAUAUACAUAGUCAGUCAGGCAUACACGUAUACACGCGGAACCGCGAACGUAGACGUGUGCGUUGCCAGGAACGAACGUGGUACCGAUUGUUUCCCGCGAGACAACCCUUUUUCUCAGCCUCUUGUAACGAAACCGUUUAUUGGGCUAUCAGUUUGAAUAAGUGCGUGAACGCCAAAAUGUCUGACAUUGAUAUUUACUCAAAAGUGUUAUGUUCAAUGUGCAACUGACAGCUACAAGAACAAAUGAUGCUUUUAAAUGAUAUUUUUGUUUAUUUUAUAAAUAAACUUAAAUAUAAUACAGAAAUUUUCCUAAGAUUUUAUAUGUAAAAGAGUAGUAAGUUCAGUUUGAUUCCCCAAGAAUCAUUUUUUGGAUAAAUUAUCUUUCUUCAUACUGAUGGUGCAAUUAUGGUCGCGUUCGAAGAAACGAGGGAAAAAUUGAUACGAGAGUUUAUCGUUACAUAGUGCGUUUGGGAUAAACGAGCAAGAAUGUGGAACAAAAACAAGAGAUCGCUUCGAAUUACAAGCGCGACGAAUUACAGCGCAUUAAAUUACGAUAAUAUGGAAUUACAAUGCGUCGAAACUUGUCAAAUUGAUUUGCUUCAUUCAAAUUUUACUCAAAAAAAUGAUCGUUUAUUCCAAACGCACCGUAAACAACUCUUCCGUGCUUUUCCCGUUUCCAAGAAGGAAUAUAUCAAGUAGUCAAUUAGAAAACCGUAGCGAACUCUGUCUCGAGCGUACCAAACGUGUCUGGCACUCGCACAGUCGUCUCGUGAACCGGGCUGGAGCUGAUUAGAGUAAUAAGCGAAUAAUGUACGAACAUGUAAGCACAGACAGGUUGAAAAAAAUGGCCGCGAGCGCUCCUGAAGCGGCCGCCUAGCCACGCGCUAGUUUCUCGAGCUUCUAAUUUGGUUAUUGUACAACGCGAACUCCAUAUCUGAUCAUGGAUGAACUUUUGGUCUAACUUUUUUUCUCUUGUUGCACUCUCUGCCUCUCUCUCUUCUGCCAGUCUAAUCAUGUUCACUAGGAAUCUCUAAGAGGUUCCUGGACAAUGUGAUUCAUCGUGCACGGUAACUGUUAGGUUAUUAAGAGUAAAACUUGCAAAAUAUUUGAAUAUAAACUUCAGCAUUGAUUAUCUCACAUUUGGCACCAAAUUUGAAAGACGAACGUGCGUAGUUAAAUAGAAAUAAUUUUUAUUCUCUCCAAGAAGAAUGGAAAGCUAAAGUUCUUAGAAGUUUCAUUCUUAACGACCUAACAAAGUUCUUGCACUUUAGUUUAACGAUCUCACGGGUUACCCUUUGUUCGUUAAACGAGAAUCGACGAAAUUGAAUACGAGUGAGAAACUGGAGGAGGUCGAGGGAGGUGAGAGGGUUGAAAUCGACGAAUUAUCGAAGAACGAAAUUACAAGCGAAAGAUACUUGGGAGAACGACGCUUUUCUGCGCACCGACUAGGUACCUAGUUCUCUAAGAAAUGUUAAUUACCGUAGCGUAUCCCACAAGUGGUGAUGGUACACAAGUGAUUCUAGUUGUUUUUAUCGUAAGGUAGAUCAUGUGCUUCUUUUUUCAUACAUAAUGUUUUAUCUUUCUUUUAUCGUUCGUUCAAUUUUCGCUUGAAGCAAGCGGAGUGCGGGGAAAGCGUCGCGACGCGUCCCUUUAUUAUCGAUUCGUCGCGCUUCAAUGGUCGAUGGCACGUCCGACAAUGAAUUUUUAUCAACUUUUUUUGUAAAUACUUUAAGGAAGACCCGUACUAAUAAUUAGUUGCCCUCGCCGACUCAACGUAUCAUCGCAUUGAUCAUUGUAAUUCGUAGAGCGAUUUUAGAAAGAUCGUGAUAUAGAGGUUCAGUUGAUGAAAAAAUACAUUUUAUCAGAAAGAGAAGCAAACGAUACUGUCAGCUCUGUUGUUAAUCGACGCCACGGCAAGAGAUGAUCACACGAUCAAAUUGCGAGAAUUGUGCACCAAGAGGGGGCUCGUACUUAGGGUGCGUUUUGACCAAGUGAAUGCUUGUUCUUUCAUCACUUCGGUGACAUUCGAAUGUAAUUAACAAAUAUUGAACUUUCCCAAAAUUGGGGAAGAACGAGUUUUUGCAGAGAUGCGGAAUUGUGCACUUAUGAGUGGUCAGUCUCUCAAUUUUAAUUUCUAAAUCAGUAAUUCUCUAAGACUAAAUUUUCAAAUUCUCCAACUGUUAAAUUUGUAAUUUCAAAUCUGCUGAAAUCUUCGACUACGUCUGUCACUUGGUUCGAACGCAUCCUUAAACGAAUAUAACACGUAUUCUCUGUAGCUUUUCCUCUUGUCACACGAAUUCAAACGAGAAAGAGAAGUAAAGAAUAAUAACGAGCGAAACUCACUCGUGCGCCUUUCAUGGAUAAUACGCGCGAUUAAUAUUUUACAUACUGUUGAUGCGUUUAAUAAGCGAUUCUGCUCGUUGCAACGCUCAAUGACAAUAAUCGAGUAUAAUUAUAUAUACAUAUAUGUUUUUUAGCACUUUUUGCGGCGUAAAAACGACAUUAAGAGUAUGUUCCCGGUAGAAAAUGAAGUCUUUUACGAUACGCUUGUUAUCGAUUGUUUACACAAUUGAUUAUUGUUUUAUCAUUUCGAUCAGUUCCCUGAUCCCCUCCCCUGACAUUACGAAUUCUCGAAGAGCUUAUUAAAUAUUAUAUUAUAUGUCAUAUAUAGAUAUAUGAUACGUUAUGUCAUACACAUAUAUACACGUACAUGUAUAUUUGUAAGUGUACGCAAAGAAAUUAAUUUUUAUAGAAGGCCUUGUCAAUGACAGAUUCGCUUUUAACAAUUUUUAUAUGAACGUCGUUUUAGUUGAAGUAUCGUCUCGUUAAAGAUAAUUGAAACUUCGCGUUUUAUUCUUAUCAAACGUGGCUGUAGAUUUUUUCCUUUAUUUUUUGUGAUCAUGCGUCGAACUCUGUGAACACUUUGAGUACCAUGUUAUCCAUAUCACGAUAUAUAAAUUUUUACAUUCUAUUAUUUUUAUAUUCUCUUAUAUUGUAAAUUAUAAAUACAUUUUGUUAAGCAUGAUUGGUUAUGAAUGUAUUACUAAUUAUGAUUUUGUUAACUGUGGUUGUCCAAAAAGAUGUGGCUAAGUGGACACUACUGAGUUUGUUGAAAAUGAAAUUGCCAAUUGAAGAAGAUCUUCCCUAAUGUUAGAGUGGUACUCAAAGUGUUAACGCAUUGACUGCCACGUUGCCCAUACAUCCUACUUGAAUUUCUAUAUUUUCUUAUCUAAUUAAUUGUUAACAUUACUCGUUGAAAAAUAGAAUUCUGAUGAAAUUUUCAACCUCGGCGUGGUGGUCAACGUGUUAAGAACAAAUAUGUAUAUGUACUUUAUGAUUGUAAAUUUUAAUCCAUGUAAUUAAUCUCAUGUCGACAUUAUGGAAAUCGUUUUACGCAUUGUUAUCGUAUACAUAUAUUUUCUUUUUUUUUCUUCAAGAUUUUACGUAUGUUGUAUAAUUUGAAGUUUUCAUUUUUUAUUAGUUAGAUAGUAUUAAGCGAACGGAUCUCGUGUCGCCAGUAAAAUGAUAGAAAUUGAUUUUCUUCUGUUUCACUUUUGUGAUUUAAUUUUCAACGAAGCGACUUGAGAAUUCGUUCGAAUCGUACACCCCCUUUGAUUGAUCACAAAUGAAAGACAAAGAAAGUCAUUGUUAUUGUAAUGUACGUAAUCAAAAAUCAAACAUGUCUGACGUAACCUCGUUGUUAGCUCCACUUUGUCGUUAACCUUGCUACUCGGAUCUUUUUCGAUCCACUGUAAUUUUGUACCUUUAAAAAUUUUUGCUACUUUCGAGAAAAUAUAAUGAAAUUAUUCUCAAUAUGUUUUGUUUCUUUUAACAUUGUAUUAUAAGUUUAUAUAUGUGGUCUCGUAUCAAAUGUUGUUAUAAAUAAGGUCUUUGUAAAGGUACUUAAAUAUAGUUGAGUGAAAACAGUAGCAAGGGUUAAAUACAGCUUAUUGCGAGGGACACGCGUGAGAAACAUGACAAAGCAAGGCGAUUGACGAAGAGAACACAGUGCAACAAACAUCAUGCCACAUCGACGUAUUCAUUGUACAACGCGAUGAUUGCCACAAGUAGAAUUUCUCAAAGUUUAUUUUAGUCUGUUCAUUACUAAAAAUGUUAACAUGCCAUUUCAUUUUCUUUUUAUAAUGCAAUGGUAAUGUACUGUAAUUUGAAUUGUACAAUUCUUAAUUAUGCAAUUAAGUACUCUUGUGGCAGUCAAUGUGUUAAUUUAUAUGCGACAUGACGUAUGCUUUGGUAUGUAGUGAAUGUUAAUUGUCGAAUGGUGGAUGUUGGGAUAGCAAAGACCCAGACAUACAGAAAUGGGUGUACGCUUUGGGUCAAAUUAUUUAGUCAAACUUUUUAAUGCAAGACAAUGAGAGUUUAAUUGGAAUGUCAGGUGGCUAUAUUUCUGCUUGAAAUAAUUUUAAAAAUCUCAGCUUCUUAAAUUGUCAAAUCUCCAAAUUUCUAAAUUGCAAAUCAGCAAGAUCCACCAUCUGAGGAUUAAACAUAAACUACUGUAUCAAAGACUUAUAGAGACCUCAGACCAUCAUGCAUAUUGCCAAUAUUUCAAGAUUUUCAAUAUUUAUUGACAACACAUAUUGACAAUGUAUAUUGAUAAUCAAAUAUGGAUAAUAUGAUAAUUUGAGAUCUGCGUCCUGUCCAAAAUUAGACGAACAAAUGUUUCUCCAUACACAAACAUAUACACCCUCCUGGGCGUAUAAAGAUUUUUUGGUAAAUAGAAUAAGAUAAACCUCACCAAAUUUCAUGAUUAUAAUAUAUAUUGUAAAGGUCAGUCCUAAGUAAUUUUGCCUAGAAACAUAAUUGUACAAAUUAGAAUACCAUUAACUCUAAUUUAUUAAUUUAUAAGUAACUAGAAUUACAAUACUUCAAUUUUUAAGGCAUGCUAAAUUGUCAGUGGUAUUCUAAUUUGUAUACAUACAUGUGGAAUGCUUCAGAAAAUAUGGAUGACUGAAAUAUUUUUGUCAUUCUUAUUUUUUGAAGUUAACACGUUACCAAAUAAAUCACAGUAUGUAUUGCAUGAUUGAAUUCGAUGAGGUUUGUCUUAUGAAUCUUUUAUAUCUCUGCUGUAACAAUAGUGUACCAUAGAGAAAUUGCGAAAGCUGAUAUUUCUUUUUCUUUUUCUGUAAUUAUAUUCGAUCGCUACGCUGACAGUCGUGCGUGAAAACCGAAAACAUCGAUUCACGUUUCUCGAAUAUUUGUAAGUAUCUCUAGUACAAGUUGCUGAUCAAUUAAACAUGUAGCGUACUAAGCGGCCGGUCUUCGGAACACGGCACAGUUAAAAAACGAAACGAGAAGCGGAAUAGCAUGUUUUCAAAUAAAAAAAGAACACGCAAAGUACACGCGCACGAGCGUGCGCGCGUGCAUACACGCAGUUCGUGGAUAUAGUAAACAAUUGUAAAGAAAAUCGUAGAAAAAAGAAGAAAAGAAAGAAAUAUAGAGAAACACAAGGUAGACGCAACCGACAGCUUUGCUCCGAAAUUAGAAUUUAACCACGAAUGACGAAACGAGAAGUUUGAAAUGAAUGUAAAAAAAUGAUAGUUAACUGGAUAACUGUGGAAAGAGUUUAAACGAUGAGACACGCCAUCCGAUCCAUUUGAAACGAAAACAGUACACGUGAGAAUUAAAUACGACCACCAAAACGUCAAAAUGUAUCACAUUUCGAGAAAUAUAUGUAUUUGUUAUUGUUUUCACUGAA